AUGUUUUUAGUUUUGGUGUUUUCUAUAUAUUUUGUGUCUUCAAUUGGUGCAAUUUCCGAUCCGCCAAGUUUAGACAAUGGAGUUGCUGAAUUACCAUUGGUUGAUUGUAUGGAAGAUCGAGUUAAAUUGAAUUUCAAAACUUUGAGACCUUUUCAUGGACGCAUUUUUGUGAAAGGCAUGGUCGAUAAAGUAAGUUGGGGAAUUUCUACAAAAAAAAAUAAAUAAAAAGUUCCAACCGGGGUUCGAACCAUCGAGAAUGAAUGUUAAUGCACUACCCGGCUGCACCAAAAUCUCUGUUUUUCAGCAACAAUGUGUUCGAGAUUUUGUGACAAGCAAUGCAAAAGAUGUGACUUUUGAGCUAGAAAAUGGGGCGUGUAAUAUGAGAAGGCAAAGAAUGGUAAACUUAUUUUUCAAUUUCCCAACUUUAAAUAUUUUUUAUUUUCAGCUCGGCCCAGAAAAACGAGGAAUGGAAAUGUCGAUGACAAUCAUCAUCUCAUUUCACUCCACUUUCAUCACCAAAGUUGAUCGAGCUUAUCGUUGCACAUGUUUCUAUCUGGAAGCGGAUAAAGUUGUGACAAGUCGAUUUGAUGUCAGGUAGGUAUAUUAGAUACAUGAAGAAAUUCUGUAAAACAAGUUCUGUUACAGUAUGCUGCCGACGACUGAUUUAAUCGAUACAGCUCGAAUGCCUUUGUGCACUUAUAGUGUUCAUAGAGAUUCGAUAACUGGGCCGAUUGUUGAAUAUGCAAAAGUUGGAGAUACGGUUUAUCAUGUUUGGAAUUGUGAAAGUGGUACGGUAAUUUGAAAUGAGAUGAAUACGGAACUUUUUAGAAAUAUUUAUGCUUUAGGAGACUAGGAGCUACAGUACUCUCGUAAUUUAAAGGGACAUACAUUAGCAUAGACUAAAAUCUUCUUUUUAAAAGGUGUAAUUUACUACCCAAAAUCUCUGGGCUUCAAAAUUUCCGAGAAAUUUUCCGGUAGAUCAAAACAUUUUUCUCUGAAUCUCUCACUUUUGCGUUGAAUUUCAUGUCAGGUCUCAAAAAAAGCGCGAAAUUUUCUUGGUUGUAAAUUACACGCGUUUUUUUUCACGUGACAGAAAACGAGAGAGUAAAAAUCAGCGUGUACGUGAAGAAGAGACAGGAGACGAAAAAUGGAUAUGAAAAACUCCGCCCACUUUUAAAAAAUUUCUAGUUCACGUGGCCGCUGAAGCGGAAGCUUGCGGUUUACACUCGAUCCGCUCGAGCACAAUCACUACAAAAUUCAAUUUUCAGAUAUGUUCUCGAUGUUGGUUCAUAGUUGUUUUGUCGAUGAUGGAAAUGGUGAUGAAAGAAAACCACUUUUAGAUGAAAAUGGGUCAGUUUAUUACCUAUUUUCCUCCCAACAAUCCAAUUGUUUGUUGUUGUUUUUCCAGUUGCGCAAUUGACCCAUUGAUCCUUCCUGAUCUCACCUACAACAAAGCAAACAAUCAAGCGUAUGCCCAAGUGAAUGUCUUCAAAUUCGCCGACAAAAUCUCCACAUAUUUCCAAUGUGCUGUUAGCACUUGUAUGAACUCCGAAGGAAUGUGCGAUGGAAAAACACCACCAAGAUGUGGACCAACUGGAACCGGAUUCUUUGCACAAAAUAAUAUUGUGGCAAAACGUGCAAAACGAAGUGGUUUGAGAGAAACUCGUGAAUUAUCCAAUAAGACAUCGGUUAAUUGGGUUCAUCUUGCGGAUACAAUGGAUUUGGCUGCACAGAAAAUCACUGUAUUUGAACUCGAGGAUAAAUCAUCAACUUCGACUGAAGAUGACCCGAUUAAUAAUCAUUUUGCCGCAUUUGUUCAUAAGGAAACAGCAAAUCCAUUGAUUUGUUUGAAUCAAUCAAGAAUGACACUUUUGCUAACAAUCACAAUAUUCCUUCUUUCAAUUGUAACAGCUCUAACAUUUUUGAGUCUUCGAAAAACAUCGAAAAAAUGUGAAUUCUCAACUUCUUCAUCUUCAUAA